AUGGCUUUCUUCCCGACUACUCGAUCCGAAGUCCAAGCAUGGCUGCAAAGGUUCCAAUCAGUGAACGAUUCACUCGAUGCGUCUAGAGUAGGAGAGAUAUACGCGAAAGAUGCAAAAGUGCAGUUUGGCAACCUGCCCUUGGUAGAGGGGCUGGAUGAGCUAAAGAGCUUAUUCGGCCGAUCUUGGGAGAACUUGGAGUCAAUGGUUCACGAAAUCGAAAAUUUCGAUAUGAUCGAGAAUAGGAUCUAUCAAUCAUGUCAUAUAACAUGGCAAGUGAAGAACGAUCCGGAGAAAGAAAAGGUCGUUGUCCCAGCUAUGGCAGUUAUCCACUUGGUAGAGUCUGGAGACGAAAAGGGGUUGGUUAAGCGUGCCGCUUAUUAUAUGGAUGGUGCUCCCUUGGCAGCAGUAUACCAGAGACUGUCGUAG